AGAACGUAAGGCUUGUCAGUUGCGGAAGUGAAAUGACUAGCUCAACGAUACUCAUAAACAAUCGCGGGGAGCCGACGAGAACAGCACAUUUAGCAGAAAGGUUGCUCUUCAGAUGAGAGGGCCUUACCUGCUUGAGCCUGCUUGUCUCCUUCAGUUGCUAUGGCAACACUAUAUUUCCCCACAUUCCUUCUCCUCAUUUUCAUGUCUUCCUUCUCCCUUUUACUUUUGACCCUGCUGCCCUCGGUUGCCCCAUCACUUCCCUUUUCGUCACCUCCUUCCUCCUCACCUUGGCCGUCGCCCUCCUGCGGUCAGGCUCAGGCCUGGGCCGUCCGCCUCCACGCCGGACCACAUCACGAGGAAGAAGAUGCUGACCAGAACUCUGUGCACUUGGAUGUUAUAGCCAACAGGGUAGCGGAGCAGGCUGGGCUGCAGAACCAGGGCCAGAUUGGACAGCUGGAAGGCCACUACCUGCUGUGUUCUGACAAGCCUGGACCUGAAUUCGUGGCCGAUAUUUGGAGUAAGAGUGUGCACCCCGGAGACGUCCUCGCAGCUCACCCGCAUGUCGCGUGGUUCUCCAAGGAGAGAGUGCUCAGCCGCUCCAAGAGAUCUAUGGCCUUCAACGAUCCGAACUACCCUAAACAGUGGCACCUGCACAACAACAUCAAUAAGGGUUUGGACAUUAACGUAACAGGAGUGUGGGAGCGCAACAUCACCGGCCAGGGAGUCACGGUGGUGGUGGUCGAUGACGGGGUGCAGCACGACCACCAGGACAUCCAGCCCAACUACAGUGCAGAGGGCAGUUACGAUCUGAACUCCAAUGACCCCGAUCCCAUGCCUCACCCGGACGUCCACAGCGACAACCACCACGGGACGCGAUGUGCAGGAGAGAUCGCAGCCGUCCCCAACAACAGCUUCUGUGCCGUUGGUGUGGCUUACGGCAGCAAGGUGGCAGGUAUCAGAGUCCUGGAUGGCCCGUUGACUGACAGCCUGGAGGCUGUAGCCUUUAACAAGCACUACCAGGUCAACGACAUCUACAGCUGCAGUUGGGGUCCAGAUGAUGACGGACACACUGUGGACGGACCCCAUCCCCUGGGCAAGGCAGCGCUGCAACAUGGGGUGAUCGCAGGCAGAAAAGGCUUUGGGAGUAUCUUUGUGGUUGCCAGCGGCAACGGGGGUCAAUACAACGACAACUGCAACUACGACGGCUACGCCAACUCCAUCUACACCAUCACAGUCGGAGCAGUCGAUGAGAAUGGGAGGAUGCCCUUCUACGCUGAGGAGUGUGCGUCCAUGCUGGCUGUCACUUUCAGCAGCGGAGGGAACAAGCUGAGGAGCAUUGUGACGUCAGACUGGUCCUUGCAGCACGGGACGGGCUGUACGGACAGCCACACAGGCACAUCUGCCGCGGCGCCCCUGGCGGCGGGAAUGGUGGCUCUAAUGCUGCAGGUCCGGCCCUGCCUCAGCUGGAGAGACGUGCAGCACAUAAUCGCCUUCACCGCCACCAAGUGUGACACCAGUGCAGACUGGCGGGUAAACGGGGCUGGAUUUAACCACAGCCCGCAGCACGGCUUUGGUCUGCUCAAUGCGUGGAGACUCGUCAAUGCUGCCAAGGUUUGGGAGUCUGUGCCGUUCCUGGUGUCCUAUCAGAACUCAGUGAUAAAGGAGGAAGCAGCCAUCCCGACAUAUCCUGACCAGCUGAUCCGCACCUGGAAAGUCUCGCCUGCCGAUCUGAAACACUCCGGGAUGGAGACACUGGAGCAUGUCGCUGUUACCGUGACAAUAAACCACCCUUGUCGCGGAAACGUGGAGGUUGUGUUGGUUUGCCCCAGUGGAAUGACUUCAGUCAUCGGGGCACGCCGUGCCAUUGACAGAGACCCUGCAGGCUACCAGGACUGGACUUUCUCCACUGUGCGCUGCUGGGGAGAGAGAGCUGAAGGCCUGUACAUGCUCAAGAUAUCAGACCACAAAGAGCCGACGUCUCUGCAGUGUGCCGCCGCGGGAGUGUUGAAGCAGUGGGCGUUGACCCUGUAUGGUUCUUCUAUGACCUUCAGCGAGGUCAAGGACAGACAGAUGCUGGUGGAGGAAGCUAUGAGUGGCAAGUAUCUGGACAGCAGCUUCUCUCUGCCCUGCCCACCAGGCCUGGAUAUCCCUCCAGAGAUAGUCAGCCCAUUCACCUCCAACAGCCUCAAGUUCCUGCUGUUAUUGGGCUGCUUUGCUCUCUUCUGGUCUCUCUACUACACACUGGAGGUCACAUUGGCCCACCUGUACUUCCGAGGCAUUUUCUGCCCGAGCAGGAGGCGGGGCGCUCCCCGGAACAAGCGGGGACACCGAGGGAGAGGAGUGGAGGAGGCCAUAGUCGAGGAGGAUGGCCAGGAGGAAGACGGGGACUCCGGGGUGGAGUUGCAAACGGUGCUGGACUCCGAGGCCGUGUCUCUUUUAAAUGGAGAGCGGCCUGCAACAUAGCACUGAGCCAGAUUGUUGUGCUGUUGUUGCAUCUCAGGCUUGAACCUACUACUCCCCAUCCACCCAGCCUACUUAUACUGCCUCUGGCCCCGGUCUACCUUACCUGAUGUGGUGGAGGGGUCACAGUCUGGUCUGCAGACUACCUUGACUGUGGAGUUGGGUAUUUAUCCUUGUCUGCAUUCUCCAAAAACGUGGCCUUGUUUGAAAAUUGUUUUUUCUGCUAUGACAGGAAACGCAGGACUGCGUGCAUGCUUUCACACUCCCAUCCCUCUUACUUUAGUUUUUAUAAGGAGCGAAGUGAUGAGGGAAUCCUCCAAAGUGAAGACACUUAUUGGACCUUUAGCUUAAAGGCAGGGUUGGUAAUUUUCGAAAACUAGCAUGAUUUUGAAAGUAGCAUUCUCUCAGUGCUCCGUCUACAUCCACCCCCUCCCCUCUGUGCUCCCUCAAAAGCCACGCCCCCUCACUUACAUGCACGAGCACCGUUGCUCCAGAAGUGGACCUCAGCUCAUGCUUUGAGUGUGGGCUAGAGCACGCAAGAGGUAGAGAACGAGCAGGGAGACAGGGAGGCGUCUGAUUGGUUCAUCAGAUUGGUACCUUGUGGCAGACAUUGGUCAAAGUUUUUACAGGCUUACAAACUGAUACAGAUGACGGAUUUUCAGAGCACAUGAGUUAUUAAUUUCUGUCAGGACCUAAAGACAGUUUCAACCAAAAUCUUAAAAAGUGUAUCCGGAGAAAAUUACCAACCCUGCCUUUAAAGGGGAGGGAUUUAAUUUCCAAUCAGGAUAAGGUUUAGAUAUAGAAAGGUCAGACAUCCCUGGAGAAGUUUAGUGUUCAGUGUGUAAACAGGUGUGUCUUGUAUGUGAAUGUGAACCUUACAAAAAACUGAGGUAUCAGUUUGGUGGGACUUUACAGACACCUGUGGGGGGGCUGAAUCCGGGGGAGGAUGAUAAAAUGAUGUGCACUAGAGAAAGGUUUCAAAUCUGCUGUGUGUGUGUGUACACUACUGAGUGCGUGUGAAUUGUGUGUGUGGGUGUGUGAUAUGAGCGAGUGAGCUUGAAAUAUGCAACGUCUUCCAUGAAAAAGCGCCCUCCCAUGUGAGGAGGGCGCUGAUGUAUUUAAGGGAAAAGAUUUAUUUUCUGAGGUGUUUUUUAUGCAUUUUCUUUUCUCUCUUUUUUUUUAUGUUUGGGGUUUAUUAUUAUUAUUAUUAGUAGUAUUAUUAUUAUUAUUAUUAUUAUCAUUGUAAUUAUAAUUAUCUUUGGGUUUCCAACCAACUACUGAUAAAAACUUGAAGUGGGGUUUUCAAGUGCGGUUCUUGUAUAAGUAUUUUUAUAAGAAGUGUAAUAUAUACGAGCUGUAUUCCUGCUGUACAGAUCUAAACUGUGUUCAUUGAUUUCUACAAAGUGUUUUUAAAGGAUGUAUUAAAGAGUUCUAUUUUUAUGUGACGGAGUGUUUGGGCUGAAUUUGGAAACUGUGUUUUGCUGUGCAAGUCACAGGUGAUCUGAAUGGUAAUAAAAUCAUCAUUUUGUGAAGCUGAA